AUGUCGUUUGGCCCAUUGCAAGGGAGAUUCAGUAAUGUGAGAUCAGAGCCAUAUGCCGGUGGAGCCCUGUCUUCCGGUGCAGAGACGGGCGAGGUUUGCCAGUUCUUUGUCAAGACAGGCUGGUGCAAAUGGGGUGACGGAUGCAGACACGUCCACAUCCCGGGACCUGACACUCCAAAGGGAGGUAGGCCGGGUGGUCCACCAGAUCCAUCAGAAGCCUGCAAGUUCUUUGCCAAGGCCGGUUGGUGCCAGUUUGGCGACAACUGCAGGUAUCAACACCUUGCUGGGCCUCAGUCACAAUCGGGCAUGGGCAGCGGCGAGGUCCAGGUUGGCCUCGGGCCAAGAGAUCAGAGUGAACCCUGCCAGUUCUUUGCUAAGGCCGGCUGGUGUAAAUACGGGGCCGCCUGUCGCUAUGCACAUUCGCUUUCGCCAGACAUGCAGCCACAACUGCCACAACCGACUGCGAAGUCCGGGGAGGUUUGCCAGUUUUUUUCUAAGUCAGGCUGGUGCAAGUACGGCGACCACUGCAGGCAUGAGCACUUGGGCAUGGGUGGACUUUCAGCGCCCGGAGCUCCAGAUCACAUAGGAGCUGGCUGCGCUGGCUCAGGAGACGGCCGAUUUUAUGCCAAAGGAGGCUGGCACCCGAAUGGCGACACCAGAUUUCAGCACCCACCUGGACUGUCUGGCGCUAUGGGAUAUGGCGGAUAUGGGCCCGGCUUUGGUCUGCCGGGCCCGGGCUACAACGGCUCCUUCGGCCCGGCGAGCCAGGAGGCGCCAUUUUUACCCAAGGAGUUCUCUGCGGCGGAGGCAGAAGCUGCUGCUGCGGAGCUGAUCAAGUCACCUGGAAUGUUAAAAGCUGAGUCAAUAGGGCUUCAGCUUUCGGAUGAAGCAGUGAAAGCUCUUCUCACGAUUCCCUCGUCGCAUGCCUCUCAGCUCCUGGAAUCUGUGGCAGAGAAGCACACAACGCUUAGAGACCCAUCAAAAUAUGUCGUCGCAACCAUUGCAAAGGGUUAUGUUCCCAAAGGGCCGCCAUAA